AACCGUCAGAAGCUUACCCGUUAGAGGCUGCGCAGGGCUUUGGCUACAGUCAUUCGGAUUAGAAAACAUGAAUGUUCUUCAUUUUCUUUAGCAUGUAAACCGUAAUGAAACCCUUUUAGUCAGUUGCAGUCGGUAUAGAAAUUUCUCUGUUGGUAUUUAGUGGGUCUGUUGACAAUCGGCGCUGUCGAUCGUUUGGGUGUGGUUCAGAAACAAACGACAAUAAAAAUAUCCACCGAAAUCUGAUUUUACAGGAAACAUCAACAUUAUGAAGACCUUCUUUCAGAUUUUUCUACUAAUGUGUGGUGUGUUUGGUGUUGAUGCAGAUGAAGUGAAGUCAGUGUCAGUGAUGGAGGGAGAUUCUGUCACUCUAAACCCUGAUCUUACUGAAAUACAGAAAAUUAUUCAGAUGCAGUGGAGGUUUGGAGAUCCAGUCAUUGCUAAAAUCGAUGGAAAUAAGAUCUUAUAUCCUAAUUACACUGACAUAUUCAGAGGCAGACUGCAGCUGACCCAGACUGGAUCACUGACCAUCAAGAAUAUGAGAACCAAACACACUGGAAUUUAUAAACUAUCCAUUGACCUCAGCACUGGGAGAUUACAAAAGACAUUCAGUGUUACUGUCUAUGAGACUCCAUCUGUUAUUGAUGCUGGUGAAGCUGAAGUAAAGAUCAUGUCAAUGGAGGAGGGAAAAUCUGUCAUUCUUCAGACUGAUGUUACUGAACUAAGUGGAGAUGAGCUGAUAGUGUGGAGGUUUGGAGAUGAAGGAAAACUCAUAGCUAAAGCUGACAUAGAGAUUAAGAACUCAACAUUAUAUGGUACAACUGAUGAGAGAUUCAAAGACAGACUGCAAUUGAAUCAUCAGACUGGAUCUCUGACUAUCACAAACACCAGAACCACAGACUCUGGACUUUAUAAACUACAGAUCAGCAGCAGCAGCAGCAAGCAGACCUUAUACAAGAAAUUCACUCUUAUUGUUACUGUCAGAGUAUUCACUGAACCCGGUCUUUCUUCGGGUGCUAAAGCAGGGAUAGUUUUUGCUGUCCUGCUGGUGGCUGCGGCUGCGACUGCAGCUGUGGUUGCUAUGAUUUACUAUUGCCGCAAGAUUGCUGAAAUGCAAAAACUCUCUAAACAACUGGCGGAGCUCUCUAAACAACUUAAGAAAUUGUUGGAGUUCUUUAAGGAUUUGCCGAAGACCUCUAAACAAUUUAAGAAUUUAUUGGAGUCCAUUGAACAACUCUUGGCCGAGCAUAAAGAAUUAUCGGAGGAGCGCAAGAAAGAAUUGUCGGUGGAAUGUGAUCGACUAAAGAAAUUGUUGAACAGCUGUGAAACACUGAAGAAAACAUUGGAGGAUUUUGAAAAAGAAUUGUCCGAGAUCUCUGAAAAACUCAAGGAAUUGUUUGAAAACAACAUCUCUAAACAAAUACAGAAGAUCUGUAGAAAACUGCAGCGGAGGCCCAACGAUGAUGAUGAUCGUAGAUAUGAAGUGAAGAAUAUGCCAGUGAAUGAGGGAGGUAAAGUCACUCUAAACCCUGAGGUUGAAAUACAGGAAAACGAUCAUAUAGAGUGGUUGUUUGGAGAUGAAAAAAACUCUCAUAGCUGAUAUUAAAGGAGGGAGAGGAAGGGUCUAUAUAUUGAAAGAAUGUCUGACUCUGGACGGCAGAACUGGAUCACUGAAGAUCUCGCCCAUCAGAGCUGAACAGGCUGGACUCUAUGAACUGAAGAUCACUCGUGGAAAUGAAACCAGAAGAGAGUUUUUCAACAUUGUCAUCAGAGGUGAGUCACUCCUGUCUUUUAGUGUAAUGAUAAUCACAGUUCUUCCGUAUAUUCACCUUUUCUUUUUCUGCAGGUAAUUCUGCUCAAACUGCUUAAUAUUCAGACUCAUUUUGGUGUUCAUUCUGUAGAUCAUUAGGUCUAAAAUUAAAUCUAAGAUUACAGUUUAAAAAUCUCCCAUUGAACUUCAUUGUGAAAUAAACACAUUUGCAUGAGUGACAGGAUCUAGCAUGUAGUACACAUACCUAAUACACGCUGAAGCACCAAAUACAGGUUUGAUUCUCAUCAGUAUCAUGUUUUUAUUCCAUUUCUCCUGUUUUGAAGUGACAGAACACAUGAUGUGCUGGUUGAAUAUAGCAGAGUGUAAAGUCCAUUUCACGUACACACAACCAGAUUAUCUCUGACACUAUAAGAUGAUGAUGUGGGUCAGAGCCACUGUGUUUAUUUAUGACUUUAAUACAGCAUUUCAUCUUCAGAACAGUCUCUACUCUUGGCAGUGAAAAUAAUAUUAGCUGUUAGGUUUAAAAUGGCUUUAAAAUUCACUGAAAUACUUAAAAACAAAAAAACAAUGUAUUCAAACCUCUUUAGUUCUUCCAUGUGUUAGAUCGCUGUCUCCAUGACAAAUAAGAUCCAGCCCUGGAUGCCAGAUCCCAUCAGAAAAUAUCAGUUUGUCCAGUAUCAGAACAACUCGUCAGUGAGUAGUCUAAUACCCAAACCCUGUUAACAGGAGGGUCUUGUCUGGUACCCAAAAUACCCAAAACACUAUUAACAGUCUUCUAUCAGCCAAGAAGUUGACUGAGGAAAACCCAAUGAAAAUAAAGAGCAGAUGCAGGAGACGAAGUAUGACAGUAAAAAGGAGCAGAGUUUAUUGAAUAGUCUUAGUUGUGUAUGUCUCAAUGCUCAGACUUCGUCUGGAGAACACAGAUUCAACAAGUAUUGUUAUACCAAACUGAUUCACAACAACAUCCCAUAAAGCUUGAGUUUCCAUAAACAUUCCCUUGUAUCUCUUAUUCAUGAACACAAACAGCCUUUGAAACUACACAGUCAUAAGACCAAACAACUAUGGAAAAAAUAUAUAAAAAAACAACUUUAAAAUAAUAUAAAUGACUAAUCAAUUAAUGAAUCAAUAAAUGAAUAUAUAAAUGACUAUAAUGAUUAUUAUAAAUGAUUAUAUGAUUA